CCCUUCCGAGUUUGUUUCCUUCUGCAACUGAAACUCUCUCUCUCUCUCCAUCCAUUGAUCGAAGCUGCCGAAUGAUUCUCCUCCUCUAGAGCUUCAACUCAAGCUCGACCCCAUCCAUGGAGCUCGCCUCCUCCAAUGGCGUCCACUUCUCAUCCAGUACUUACGGCUCCCUUCGGAAGAACCGCCGGCAUGUGCUCUUGCGGCCUGAAGCUUCUCCCAAUGUCCUCGGGAGGAAGAGGCGGAAUUAUGUUCCCCGAGUUCUAAGGAUCGCUGCAGCUAGCACCGCAAAUGGGGCCGCUGCGUCCGGCACCAAUACGAGGACCUUGACGGUGCGGAGCGUGGCCGGCGAGGUGCUGCGGCUCGGCAAGUCGAGCAGUGCUCUGGAGCAGCUUGACAUCGAGCGAGGAGUCUGCGUGCCUUUUCGCAAGUACACUCCCGAGACUGUGAGGAACAAGGUUUUGGAAUCUAGGGGUGCUAUCUGGUCGCUUAUUUUGCGGGGUGUUGAGAUAGUGUGGAACUUGGGGUUUUAUUGGUCGACACUUAUGUAUGACUGCUUCGUUGGACGGGAUGAAGAGGUUGUACCUUAUCGUGCCAUGCAACUGAGGAAUCUGUUGUGUGACUUGGGGCCUUCUUUUAUCAAAGCUGGGCAGGUUCUUGCAAACAGACCUGAUAUUAUUAGAGAAGACUACAUGAAUGAACUCUGCAUUCUUCAAGAUGAUGUCCCACCUUUUCCAAAUCAGGUUGCUUUCAGCAUCAUAGAGGAGGAACUGGGGCGACCUCUUGAAGCUGUAUUCAGCAAGAUUUCAGCACAGACAAUAGCAGCUGCUAGCUUAGGUCAAGUUUAUAGAGCUACCUUACGGGAAACAGGGGAAGAUGUUGCCAUUAAGGUUCAAAGGCCUGAUAUAGAACCAAUUAUCUAUCGGGACCUUUUCCUCUUCCGAACUCUUGCAUCGUUUUUGAAUGGUAUUAGUCUACAGAAAUUGGGGUGCAAUUCCGAACUUAUAGUAGAUGAAUUUGGCGAAAAGCUUCUGGAGGAGCUGGACUACACCUUGGAAGCACGGAAUAUUGAAGAUUUUCUGGAAAACUUUAAAGAUGAUCCCACUGUUAAAAUUCCACGGGUUUACAAGAAUCUUUCAGGGCCUCGUGUCUUGGUAAUGGAGUGGAUUGAUGGUAUUCGUUGUACAAAUCCACAGGCCAUUAGGGAUGCUGGCAUUGAUGUCAGUGGGUUUCUAACAGUUGGAGUUAGCGCUGCUUUGCGACAAUUGCUAGAGUUUGGUUUAUUUCAUGGAGAUCCACAUCCUGGAAACAUAUUCGCUAUGCGCGAUGGCCGUAUUGCUUAUGUGGACUUUGGGAAUGUUGCUGUGCUGAGCCAGCAAAAUAAGCAGAUUCUGAUUGAUGCUGUCGUCCAUGCUGUAAAUGAGGACUAUGCUGAGAUGGCAAAUGAUUUCACCAGGCUUGGUUUCUUGGCCAGCGGGACAGAUGUCGCUCCUAUUAUUCCAGCUUUGGAAGCAAUUUGGCAGAACUCUGUUGGAAAAGGACUCUCUGUUUUCAACUUCCGGAGUGUCACUGGGAAGUUUAAUCAAUUGGUUUACAAUUAUCCCAUCCGUAUCCCUGAGAGAUUCUCUCUGGUUAUUCGGUCAUUACUGACACAGGAGGGUAUCUGUUUUACCCUGGAGCCAGACUUCAAAUUUCUCGAGGUGGCCUAUCCCUAUAUCGCAAAACGUCUUUUAACAGACCCAAACCCAGCCCUUCGUGAACGUCUUAUCCAGGUCUUAUUUAAAGAUGGUGUCUUCCAAUGGAAGCGGCUGGAGAACCUUAUUGUUCUCGCAAAAGAAAACGUGGCCAAGAUGAGCAGCAACCCUGCGUUGAAAGGGAAUGAAAUGCAAAGGUCGAGACAGUUGCAAGUCGAGAGGAAACUCAACCUUACAGAUACCAUCAAAGAUGGAGCUCGCCUUUUCCUGGUCGAUGAAAGGAUCAGGAGACAACUUCUGCUUGCAUUGACAGAAGAUUCCAAACUUCACAUUCAGGAGCUUGUGGAUGUAUACAGACUGGUCGAAGACCAAAUUGACAUGCCAUCAGUAGCUGCGGAAGUUGUACGAGAUUUCCCCAGUGUUGUCCGGGAUCUCAUGCUCUCAUGGAGCGAGUCAGUUCUGUCCGAAAGAUGAUUGGACGAAGUAGGAGAGUAAGAAGAAGUUUCUCAAUGACUGCCGAUUUUGUUUCUAUACACACACACACAUACACAUGCACAUAUUAUUCGGGCCUCCGACACAAUUUUGGGGCUAAGUUAUUUUCUGUUUCGGUUCAAACUUCAAAGAUAGCGUCUUGUAAAGCUGUAAGCUCGAGAGAUAUCUGACAUGGUCAUGUAGGGGUUCACUUGCAUAUUCUACUGGAAGUGAAUGAAAUUCUACCAACCUCUCUGUAAAGGUCUCUGACUCGUUUCUUCAGAAAUUAGAGGGAGACGAUCACUUGUAGUAUGUCGAAAUCCUUUUUUUGUGCAUAAGGCCUGGUAGCGUAGGAGUCAAGUCUCGGUCCUUUGCCUCGAUGUGGUGUUGAAAUUUUUUAUUUUUUUCCGUUAAAAAAUGGGGCGUAUUGUUGAA